UUUGGUUACAUACACCUCGCCAUUGGCUGGAAGGAGUUGAAAAUACAUUGAAGGGCUAACAAUAUAUAGAAUAGUGCCGAGCAGGAAAAUACUAUCAGCUGUCAAAGAGGUGUUCGUUAGGAGUGUACUAUUCGAUAUACUCGUAGCAUAGCAUGGGGGUGCAAAGGUUUGCAGAAGAGUUGGCUGCAGAGUACGGCGUUGAGUGGGGGAAGAGUGUGCCCUUGCCUGUGAGCGUGAAGCUCACCGACUUUGACGAAAACGAAGCGUGUGCUGAUGUCCCGUUUCGCGAGUUGGUAGGAUCCCUAAUGUGGUUGGCCACUCAAACCAGGCCGGACAUCGCGAAUGCAGUACGAGCAGUAGCGCGGUAUUGCGCGUCUCCCCAGAUGGUGCAUUGGAAGGCAGCACUUGGUAUUUUAGGGUACGUGCGUUGGACGAGUUGGAUGGGGAUUACAUUUGAGAGGGGAGUGGUCACUGGCAUGAGCUUGCAGGUGUUUGUGGAUGCCGACUAUGCAAGCAAGGCAGCAGACCGUAGGUCGGUCUCAGGAGGACUAGUGAUGUGUGGGGGUGGGUGUGUGACUUGGUUUUCGAGGACGCAGAAGUGCGUUACACUCUCCACAACGGAAGCAGAGUAUGUGGCAAUUGCCGACGUCUUGAAGGGAGUGCUUUUCUUGAGGCAGGGUUGGCGUUUUAUGUUGCCAGAUGCAGGUAUGCCGUGCAUUCCGGUCUUCGAGGAUAAUCAGGGAGCGAUUCAGAUUGCGCAAAACCCGAUCACGAACUCAAACUCGAAGCACAUCGAUGUACGGCAUCACUUUAUCAGGGAACUGGUAAUGAGGAAGGAGAUUUCGAUUACGCACGUGACGUCAGAGUUUCAGCAUGCAGAUUUCUUGACGAAGGCUAUUAGCAAGGAAUCUUUUGCGUUGCACAGAUACUUCGUGAUGAAUUUGCACCGACGCACGGUCCAGUAUCGCACCGACACACAGCGCGGCCUGCACACCGCCACACGCCAGCAGUGUAUGCCCUACCGGUGGAGCAUGGCUCGACUAGCGCUCGCAUAUCUCGCGGCUCUUCGAACCGUGUCUGCUGUUACCAUCGAGGCGAACACCCGUGCGGCUUUCGUUAGAGCCCCGCUGUCAAUCCCUUCAACGAGGUCGUAUGGCAGCACUAGGAGGUCAUGGCACAGCAGGACCUCGCGCUCACGCAGUUGCACCAGCAGAGUCCGAAGGUACUGCGCUGCGGCAACGCCGGGGGAGGGCGCUGAGGACGAUUCCUCCCAAGAUCCUGUCGAAGGUUCCGGUGGAGGGAAGGACGCAGGCGCUGGGGACGAAGGAGGAGAAGAGGAGGGGAAGACGAUAGCUGACAUCACAGCCCCGGUGGCGAACAACGCAGACCACAUGGUGUCGGCGGUGGCCGGUAACGGCCAGGUCGUGGCUCGGGCGGUGACCGCGCGGAAUCUGCUGCAGGAUGCCCUUAUCCGGCAAGAUCUGUACCCGUUGGCAGCGGACGCGUUGGGGAGGGUCAUGGUCUGCACAAUGCUCAUGGCCGGUGGCCUGAAAGAUCGGGAGACGUUCCAGCUCACGUUCAGUGGCAGUGGGCCGCUGGGGGGCGUCGUGGCGAUCAGCGACGGGGAGGGGGGGGUGAGGGGUUACGUGACCAACGGAAAGGUGGAACUCCCCCUGAAGGACAACGGGAACCAAGACGUGGCUCAAGGAAUAGGGGAAGGUCUACUGAAGGUCGUGAGGAAUCACCCCGACUACCAGAGACCAUACACGGGCAUCACCGCCCUCAAGACGGGAGAGGUGGCCUACGACGCCGCGUCCUACCUGGCGGAAUCCGAGCAGAAGUCGUGCGCCAUCGCUGCCGGCUGCUUCGUUACGGAUGCGCUGGUCCGACAGGCGGGGGGAUACAUGCUGGAGACUCUGCCCGAAGCUUCUGAGGAGACGGAGAAGGCCGUGAUCAACAACAUCGCGAAGCUUCUCGCAAGGUCAUCGGAUCCCAGCGACCUCAUGGGUAGAGGGAUGACACCGAUAAGCAUCGUGGAAUCUCUGCUCGAGGGCUUGGGGGGGGUGGGGGCGAUCACCUACAAGCGACCGGAGUUCUUGUGCCACUGCUCCGACGAGAGAGUCUACACCGCGCUCAAGCUCCUAGAAAAGACAGAGGUCGAAGAGCUGGUGAAGAAGGACGAGGCGAUAGAAGUCAAGUGCGAGUUCUGCGGCAAAUUGUACCGACUAUCCGCCGAAGACGUAGUGAAAGAGCUCAAGUUGACACCUUUGCAGGACCCCUGAGUCGGCCAUACCUACUUCGCUAUUAAGCUUAGCAGGCAGCACGAUGACAAUUUGUGUUGUGGGUGUUGCUUUACCUACUUGCCUCCCUGCCUACCUGACCUACGGCGUGUGGAUGAAACGGGACGUGUGCGGUAGCAUAUAGCUUUUAGUACAGGCUCCUCAUGUACCGGUUGUCGUGUUGGGGGGCCCGUUGGUCUGUAAGGUCUCGCGUGUGUCUGCUUUAGACUAUGCAGCGCCUGUCCCUAUUUUCCACGUUAUGCAGUUUUUGAAUGAAUGUGUCAAAUGUGUCAUUCAUUGUGCAGUCCGGUGACGCUGACAGUCAGUGUUCAUCUAUUUGGAUGGUCUGUAGACUAGCUACAGCGGGUACACCAAUAUGAUGUUAAGAUGAUUAAAAAAUGAUGGUGCAGCUAUCCUGCCGUACUGACUCUCCAGGCAUCUCGCAGACCACCGAGAC